CCCUUCCCUUUCCUUCCCCAGCGCAGCCAGCUCAGCUCCUCCCCCGCCACUCGCUCGCUGGCUCGCUCGCUCGGCUGAUCCGGCUCGGAGCACCGGAGGAGCCGCGGCGGAGAGCGCUGCUGCCUUGGCAGGUGGGGCGAGCCGGCUGCGCGAGGAAGCCGCGCGAUCCUCUCUCGCGCGCGCAGAGCUCUCCCCUCCUCCCCACUCCGUGCGCCUUUGCGCGGACUCUGCGCGCCUGCCUCCCUGCCCGGCACCAUGUCUCGCCCGGCGGAGCCAACCUGCCUGCUGCUGCUGCUGCUGCUCGCGAUCCUGCCCGCCGCCUUGCUGGCCCUGGCGCCGCCCGCCUCCAUCCCUGGCGCCGCCAAGAACGGCAGCGGCGGCCCCGGCGACCCCCAGAAAGCGGCCGUCUCUCCUCCGCCUCCUCCGCCGCCCACGGCCGGGAACCACAGCGGCGCUGCCCAGCGCAACCCGGUCCUGGCGAUGCUGCGCGAUUUGCCCGGGCUGAAGGCCGCUGUCAUCGGAGCCUGCGCGGCCAGCGCCUGUCUGAUGGCCUGCCUGCUGUUCCGCGUGCUCAGGUCUAAGAGGAGGACUAAAAAACCCCGGAAAUAUGAUAUUAUCACAACUCCGGCAGAACGGGUGGAAAUGGCUCCCUUAAAUGAAGAGGAGGAGGAUGACGAAGACUCCACAGUAUUUGAUAUAAAAUAUAGGUGAGGCCACUGGACUGGACUCCUCAGGAACGUCGUCUCGUGUAGAAAACGAUGCAAGAACUUUGGAACCAAAGGAGAGCUGGAGAAUAACUUUGUUUCUUUUGGAUCCACAACAUUUUGAUCUACAGAGAAGAGUGGAUGUUGGAUUUGACCUUUGGCACGUUCCUAAUAAAUACGGCCAUUAUGUUCCUGGAUGAAUGAUGCAAGGAACUGAAGGAGUUCUUCCUGAACUUCUUUGCAAUUCUAAAGACAAUCCUUCUGAUUUACCAUAGCUUCAGAUGCCACCAGCAAAUUAGAGAACCGAGGUCAGCCACAAGCAGUAACGUUCAUUCAACACUUCAGAGGCUGCCAAGGCAUUCUUUGCUCAACAUAUUAAAGUAGACAGAUGGAUUCUGAUUGCAUUCUGGGAUUGGCUUUGAGUUGACUAAAAUGUUUGCUCAUCUUGUGUGCAACUUGGAACUUGUAUCGGUGAGGCUGAAAUUAUUUAGCAAGGUUUUGUGCAUAUUUGUGUUGGGGGGGGGGAGGAGAAUUUUCAUGGGUAACCCUUUCACUAGAUAGCUCUCAUGCCUUGCCAUUAAUGAGGACCAAGUAUGCUGCUGUAUUAAUUUACAGUAAGGUUCCCUGUUUUUACAGGGAGCUUCCCCCAAACGUGACGUAUAUUUUUUCCCAGAAGGUGAAUUCUGAUAGCAGGAGAAAACAAAAUAAGUCAAUUUUAGAAGAAACGAAUUUUUCUUUUAAUCCCAUGCAUCUCACACCCUCAUGGGGAGAAGUGAUUUUUUUAUAUAUAUAUGCACUAUUUUGCUUUCUAUAGCUUCUCAUAAUUUUUUCAUUUCCAGGCAAUUAGCAAUCGGAUUACUGAAUCGGAAUAAGAGGUUUUGCCUUCACGCCAGAGUGGUUCCGUCUGUUCUCCCCAACAGACACCUCCCCAGUCUCUUUUCCCUCUAGAAAUGUUGGUUUUUACUGACUGUCAAUUAGGACAGCUGAAACCCCACACACUGUCUUCAGCUUCAGUCAUUUCAUCAUGGUUUGAACUUUGCUUACCGGUGAAACUAUUUUCUUUUUAAUUAUACCUAGCAAAUAAAUAUAAGGCAAAAUAGA